CUGUGUAAUAUAUGGAACCGGACAGUUACUGCUGAAUAAGUUCUCGAAAUUUUAUAAAAAUAUGGCGAAACAAAUAAAGAUGAUAUUAAUAGAUCUUAGUGGAACACUGCAUAUUGAUAAUAUAGCGAUUCAAGGUGCAGUAGAAGCUUUAAACAGGCUUCGAAGCGCUAAUAUACCGAUCAAAUUUGUCACAAAUACAACAAAAGAAUCCGGUAACUUCCUACAUAACCGAUUAAUAAGACUCGGUUUUAAUAUUAAAAAAGAAGAAAUUUUCAGUUCUUUAGCUGCAGCGAGAAAUUUAAUUAUUCUACGGAAAUUAAAUCCAAUGUUACUAAUUGAUCCUGCUGCUAAUGAAGAUUUUGAAGAUUUAAUAAAAAAUAACGAGAAGGCAAAUGCUGUUGUAAUCGGAUUAGCACCAGAUAAAUUUCAUUAUGAAGAACUAACCAAAGCAUUCAGAUUGUUAUUAGAUGGCGCAUCACUCAUAGCAAUUCAUAAAGGACGAUAUUAUAAAAGAUCAGAUGGGUUAGCUUUAGGACCAGGUGCAUUUAUCGCUGGUUUAGAAUAUUCAGCAAAUAUUAAAGCAGAAGUCGUUGGAAAACCAACUGCAGAAUUCUUUAAAGCUGCUCUAGGAAAUAUAUCUCCAGAAGAAGCAAUUAUGAUAGGCGAUGAUGUUAAAGAUGAUGUGGCUGGUGCCCAAGCUAUUGGUAUGAGAGGACUUCUAGUACAAACCGGAAAGUAUCGAAAUGGGGAUGAAAAUAUAAUUACACCACAGCCUACAAAAGUAUGCAGCUCUUUUGUUCAAGCUGUAGAAUAUAUUCUUAAAAACGAAAUUUAA